UUACAGAGCUAGAAAGGACACUUGGACACAGGGACACUGUGUUCGUCCUGCUGGAUCCCUUUGCCCAGAAUUCAGACAUUCCUGCGGCAUUACUUGUCACUGUUUAAUUUGAAGACAACAUUGCUGUUUCCACAUAUUUGAUGCCACCAUGGUCUUCUUCAACAAGUCUGCCAAUUACCAAAUAAGAGGUUUCGCCUUGGCCACCAUUGCAUGGAUAAUGUGCAGCACAUCUAUGGGCCUUCCAGAAUGGCGAAUUUGGUAUUUCGAGGACCCCAUGGUUUCCUCCCCAAGCAUGGCUUUUGUGGGUAUGUGGAGGGCCUCUAUCUGCAACCACGUUGACAACUCCAGCCAUCAGAGUGUUUGCCAGCACUACUCCUACCAUGAUGCCCUCGUCCCUUUGGAUAUUCGUUUAGCUCAACAUCUGCUCCUGGUUGCAAACAUUAUUGGUCUGAUUGGGACAGUUUGUGCUGUCUUUGUUCUACAGCAGUUAUACACAGGAAAACUGGAGACAAAUAAUGAGGACAAUCCAUUUCUUCUUUCAGCUGUUCUCAAUGCUGUUGCUAGCAUCUUUAUUUUUCUUGCUGUUAUGUGUAAUUUCUACACUGUGCCCAGCAAGGAAGGGUUAAGUUUCCUGCUUUCUUUACAAAUGCCAGUUUUUCCAUAUGCUCAAAGAGCAGGAAUUGCCAUGGGAGUGGCAAGCACAUCUGCAAUACUGUUUUUAUUAAGUGCUUUAAGUUUUAUUUCUUACAAUCCUUCAAUGGGAAAAGAAAAAACUCCCCUUGUUUGAAAAUAAAUUCAUAGCAUGCAUAACCUU